AUGGAGCUGACUAAAUUUCUCGCCUUCCUGGCAGUCUCUCUGCCUGUUGCCUACGGUGCGCCAAUGCAGGCGACAAGCAACCUGCACCCUCGGAUUUUGGAGGCUAUGAAACGCGACCUCGGGCUGAACGCCGAGCAGGCCACUGCUCGUGUGGCGAGGGACCUUCACGCCAACAAUAUCAUUAUGCAGCUACGCGGUUUGGUUGGCGACUCAUUCGCCGGUGCUUGGAUUGGCGCAGACACGAUCAACAUCGGCAUCACUGACCAUUCCUUGGCCGAUGUGGUGACUGCUUCUGGCGCCACGCCUAUCACCAUGACGAAUAGCUUAUCCAAGCUGGAGAAUGCCAAGUCCAGCCUUGAUAAGAAGUUUGUUGGCCAAUCUAAGACCAUGGAAUCGACUUCGGGUUCUCCCUCCGGCAUCGCGUCAUACUUUAUUGAUGUCGCCGCUAAUAAGCUCGUCAUCAAGGCUCUCGUCAACAGCCACGCCUAUGCUGAGAAACUGGCCUCACAGGUUGGGCUCGCUGCGUCUGAGUUUGAGGUGCAAACUGUCAAGGCGAUGCCACGUACAAUAGCCACGGUCGAGGGUGGCGAUGCCUACUACAUAGACGACAGCUCCCGCUGCUCUAUCGGCUUCUCGGUGACUACAGGUUUUGUGUCCGCUGGCCACUGUGGAAAUCCAGGCUCUUCUGCCACAACUAGCAACGGGGAGACCUUGGGAACCUUCGAGGCCUCUGUUUUCCCUGGCAGUGCUGAUAUGAGCUAUGUCAGCACUGUAAGUGGAACAGACCUCCAAGGCUACGUCGAUGGCUAUGGUCAAGGUAGCUUGCCCGUAUCAGGCAGCGAUGAGUCUGCCGUCGGGGCCAGCAUCUGCCGCUCUGGCUCUACCACCGGAGUGCACUGCGGCACUGUCAACGCUAAGGACGCCACUGUCAACUACGCUGAAGGAAGUGUCACAGGCCUCACUCAGACAGACGUCUGCGCUGAGCCCGGUGAUUCAGGCGGCUCUUGGUUCUCCGGCUCCCAGGCGCAGGGCGUCACCUCGGGAGGCGAUGGAGACUGUACUAGCGGAGGAACAACAUACUUCCAGCCUGUCAAUGAGAUUCUCCAAACAUAUGGGCUUACUCUGGUCACUGCAUAG